AUGGCGGCUGCUGCUCAGCAACACGCUCUAGCCUCACUCAAAGGCUUACUCGAAUCCGGCGCAUACUCCGAUCUUACCAUUAGCUGCAACGGCGAUGCCUACAAAGUCCACAAGAACAUCGUUUGUGACAAGGUCGACUUCUUCACACGGGCCCUCCGGUUUGGCGGGAAAGAAUCUCAGAAUGAUGCUAUCGAUCUCCCGGAAGACGACCCCGCCAUUGUUAGGCGCUUGAUCCAGUACCUAUACGAAGCCGAAUAUACGCCGCUGCUAUCUGAUGUAGCCUCUACGGGAUCUGCUCGGUGCCAUUACAACGAAGCCGGUUAUUUUCUGGGAGCCGGAACUGGGUGCUGUGCCCAUUUCACCUGCGACAAAUGCGAGGUGGACACAGCAGUACUUCCUUCGUUAAACGGCAGAGAAUACCAACUUCUUCUCCACGUCAAGAUGUACGAGAUUGCAGACAAGUAUGAGGUGAGAGGUCUCAAGGAUCUGGCUCGUGAGAAGUUCCAGAGGUCCUGCAAGCAAUUCUGGGAUAGUGACGUCUUCGCGGUGGCAGCGCAUCACGUCUUCUCCUCAACGCCCGACUCCGACAAGGGCUUACGCGAUCUAGUCAGCUUGACAAUUAGCAAACACAUGUGCUUGAUGGAUAAGCCGGAGAUCGAGGCUCUACUCACUGAGUUCAACGGGUUGGCGUUCGGUCUCCUCAAGUUGACAAGGAAGAGGGGUUGA